CAAUUUGAAGUUUUCCUCCAGCACUGAUCUCCGAUCCUCGUCGUCGCUUCGUCUAACGUCCACAAUGAGUUAUCAACUUUACCGGAACACAACGCUGGGUCAGACCCUGCAGGAUUCGCUUGACGAGUUGGUCGCCUCCGGACAGAUCUCGCAGCAACUCGCUGUGAGAGUUCUCCUCCAGUUCGACAAGUCGAUCAACAACGCUCUGGCGACUCGCGUCAGAAGUCGGCUCUCAUUCAAAGCUGGCCAUCUCAGCACCUACAGAUUCUGCGACAAUGUUUGGACGUUCGUGUUGAAAAACGUCGAGUUCCGCGAAGUUCAGGAGCUUGUUCGAGCCGACAAAGUGAAGAUUGUCGCUUGCGACGGCAAGGGCCAGGCCUCCUAGAAUGCCCGGCCGUGAUCCUGGCGACGAUUCGGCGUCGACAUUGGGCAAUCGAGUUGCGCGUCUCGUCGUCGAAGCUUUCGAAGACUUACCUCGGAACGGCAAGCCCACCCUGUCCGAGUGGUCGGUUCUUGCAGGCAUCGUGUCAGUACCGACGGACAUAUCGAAAGCUCCGGUCGUUCUGUCUCUCGCGACAGGGACUAAAUGCCUCGGGAAAAGCGAGCGGCGACCUGGAUUGGUUAGCGAUUCCCAUGCAGAAGUUCUCAGCAGAAGACUCCUGAAUCAAUUUCUUCUAAAC